GGGUCCCCGCGGUGAUGGGGGAGGGUCAGGGGGCGGAUCCCGAGCGGUGGUGGCAGCGCCAGCGCUGGCAGGACGCCCUGGCACCCCGCCUGUCCCCGGCCCGUCCCCUGCCUGCCCCCGGUGACGCCAGGGGGAGGGGACGGGGCAGGGUCCCGUCUCAGCGCGUCCCGGUCCGUGCUCUCGCGGAGCCUCAGCCGGCUGUCACCAUGGUGGUCACUCUGGGGUACUGGGACAUCCGUGGGCUGGCCCACGCUAUCCGCCUGCUGCUGGAGUACACGGAGACCCCCUACCAGGAGCGCCAGUACCGCCCUGGCCCAGCCCCUGACUAUGACCCGAGCGACUGGACCAACGAGAAGGAGAAACUGGGGCUCGACUUUCCCAACCUCCCGUACCUCAUCGAUGGCCCCACCAAGCUGACGCAGAGCAACGCGAUCCUGCGCUACAUCGCCCGCAAGCACAACAUGUGUGGUGAGACGGAGGAGGAGAAGCAGCGCGUGGAUGUGCUGGAAAACCAGCUCAUGGAUUUGAGGAUGAACUUCGCCCGACUCUGCUACAGCCCUGACUUUGAGAAGCUGAAGCCGGCGUACCUGGAGCAGCUGCCCAAGAAGCUGCAGGAGCUGUCGCGGUUCCUGGGCUCCCGGCCCUGGUUUGCAGGGCAGAAGCUCACCUUCGUGGACUUCCUGGCGUACGAUGUGCUGGACCAGCAGCGCAUGUUCGUGCCUGAGUGUCCGGAGCUGAAGGGAAACCUGGCCCAGUUCCUGCAGCGCUUCGAGGCCCUGGACAAGGUCUCUGCCUAUAUGCGCUCAGGGCGCUUCAUGAAAACCCCGAUUUUCUGGCGCACAGCGAAGUGGUGCAACACCAAGGAGUGA